GAUAAAAUAUCGCAAAACCUCCAGAUUUUAAAGAACCGCUUGGAUUGACAUAAAAUUUGGCACACACGUAGCUAAAAAGCCAAAGAAAAAAGUGAGAUUAUGCCGAUAUGUUCUGUUGUCCUGGAUGUGACUUUCACCCCUUCUUGGAGCUAUAGGUACGUGUCCCAAAUUUUAUGUCAAACCAAGCGUUUCUUCAAAAUUCUGACCAAAAACCCUAAGUAAAUUAAACGAAAAUAUAAAAUGAAUUUUUCAAACAAAAAUUUUAAGUCGGUAUGAGAAAUUUUAAUUUAACAGAUGAAAUCAAAUAAACACAAUUCAACUCGUAAAAUAUUUAGACCCUUGCUUGGUAAUCCAGCUGAACAGAGUUUCAGUCAUGCUAGUCGAUGAGUCCGUUCAAACAAGUAGAAAAAUGGAGCGAAAAGCUUUUGAGGAACGUGUUAUUAAAGAAGGAAUGGACCUUUGGAAAAAACAAAGGGAGUUUGAGCUUCGAAGAAAAUUACAGGAACAAAGAGAGAUUCGACAAAUGAUGGAUACAUACUGGCCUUGGGGGAAGGGUACUGAUGCUAGACCUAGAGGAUUACGAAACCUUAGACUUGAAGAGUUGUUCCCCAACAAGGAUUAUAUAAAUAACAAACGAUACGUGGGCAGCUUGGGAUUGACCAAUAAGGCAGGCGGAGGGGGAGCACCAAUAUUUAGUGACGGAAAAAAAAUUACACGAACAUGUGAAGAUCCAAUGCUACGAUUCCAAUUUGGCAGUAAAGAUUUAAGAAAAUGUGUUGACAACACACUUAGAUAUAAAACGAAUAAACAACAACAAGAGGAGUAUAAAAAAGAAUUGGAUAAGCUGGUUGAAGAAAAGAAGCAGAAGGAAAAACAAGAAAAGAAAGAAUCGGUGCACUUUCACCAGGAACAAGGCUGGUCUGAUGAGAAAACUUUAAAACACCUAGAAAAUGAAACAAUAAAAUCUAACAUACACGACAACAAAAAAUUGAAUGGCAGUAAUAAACAUCUUACGUCGCAUAUUACCCACAGUAAACCUUCCUCGAGGUUAGAUCCUAUAGCCUAUCCCAAAAGAAAUUUUAUUCCCGUGGGGCGUAAUCGCAAACUCUCUCCCUUAUCGGAAAAUAAGGACGAAGGUGUAGAGUUGGUAGCUUUGCUAGCAAAAGACAGGAAAUACCCUCUUAAGAUUCCAUUGUGUAGUUCUGACGUUACAUCGGAAAAGAAAAUGGGAAAUAACUUGAAACCUGGUAUUUGGAGCCGUCAGGGAUCGGCAUAUUUAAAAGCGUUGGCAGAACAAAUGAUGUACAAACAACAUAAAACGCAGGAAAUGAAAGCUAAAGAAGAGGAAAAUAGCAAGAAGCACUUUUCCACGUGGAGUGGCUUUUGGGGAAGACCUGGAAACGGCGCUCCUUUGCCUGAGAUUCGAAAACAAUGUCUGGACGAUAUGCUUUACCCAAAAAUGACCCCAAUUGGAGUGCACUGAUGUUAAGCAAUAUUCUUUUUGAAAAAUAUCAGUAUUACUAGUAUUAACUUUUUGCAGUAUUGUUCAAUAUACACUUUAUUUAAUGUUAUUUACAAAUUUUACAUUUGUUGAAUAAAUAUUCACGCCUAC